AUGGCUGCCAGGGGCGGCCUGCUCGCGCUGCUCGUAUGGUACGCGUCACUGUGGGCGCCGGGUGGUAGUUGGCCAGCGACGCCGGUGCUGGAGUACGGGCCUCCUGGCCUGGUGCCGGGCAGACCUCUGGGCGCCGCCCCCUCGCCUGCCGCCCCAGGAGCGCCGCCCACUCAUGGCAUCGUUGUGGUGCCCGCACCACCACCCAGCUUCGCCCCAGUGCCUGCACCGGCACCGAUUGCAGUCACCCAGCCUUCACACCCAGUCCUACCUGCCAGUCCAGGUGUGGGUAAGCUGCCACCAAUACCCACAGCACAGCCACAUUUUCCUGCACCUGUCCUCCCAAAACCUGGAGUUACAACAGUGCCAAAACCUUUGCCCAUUCCACAACCAUCUCCACUACAGCCACCCUCCCUAUCUGUUUUUCCUCAAAAACCAUCAUUGAUGAAACCAAGUAAAGUGUUACCACCACCUCCUAAUAUACCACCACCACCACCACCAUUCUCACUGCCACCAUCACUGCCAAGUCCACCACCACCACCACCACCACCACCACCACCACCACCACCACCACCACUAUUAUUCUCACUGACACCAUCACUGCCAAGUCCACCUCCACCACCACCACCACCACCUCCACCACCUCCACCACCUCCACCACCUCCACUACCACCUCCACCACCACCUCCACCACCUCCACCACCUCCACCACCACCUCCACCACCUCCACCACCACCUCCACCACCUCCACCACCACCUCCACCACCUCCACCACCAUCACUGCCAAGAGCACCACCUCCACCACCUCCACCACCUCCACCACCUCCACCACCUCCACCACCUCCACCACCUCCACCACCUCCACCACCUCCACCACCUCCACCACCUCCACCACCUCCACCACCUCCACCACCUCCACCACCUCCACCACCUCCACCACCUCCACCACCUCCACCACCUCCACCACCUCCACCACCUCCACCACCUCCACCACCUCCACCACCACCACUAUUAUUCUCACUGACACCAUCACUGCCAAGAGCACCACCUCCACCACCACCACCUCCACCUCCACCUCCUCCACCACCACCACCACCACCACCACCACCACCACCACCACCACCACCACCACCACCACCACCACCACCUCCACUGCCUCCAACACCAAUUCUUCUACCAUCUCCUCCUCCUCCUCCUCCUCCUCCUCCUCCUCCUCCUCUCCCAUUUCCUCCAUCUUUAUCACCUUCACCUCCACUUUCAAGUUCCUCUCACAGACCAUCUAGGCCUCCACUCCCAUCUCCUCCAAAGCCAUUUGAACUACCUAAACCACCAUCACUGCCGCCUAGUAUCACAGGGGCUAGGAAAAUACCACCUCCACCGCAACCAUUUGAACUACCAUUGUUUCCUGUACCUGGUAAAGCUGUUUCCCCUCCACCUACUAUCCAAUCUGCUCCAGUUCCCAUACCCGCACCACCACCAGCACCAAAGCCAUUUGAGCUGCCUGUUUCACCACCUACAAAUAAGGUAUUCUCACCACCUACUGUUGUUCCAGUUCCAGGUGCACCGCAACCUCCAGGCUUCCCCAGCCAGUUUGGAGCUGCUGGUGCGCCUACUCCAGCUUUUCCAGGUGCCCCAACUGUUCGUGCACCUGAAAGGAAUGCUGGUGUACUUCCAACAGGAGUGCCCGGCGCCCCAGGUGCCCCAGGUGCCCCCGGUGCCCCAGGCGCCCCUGGAAGACCAGGCACCCCUGGCAGACCUGGCACCCUCGGUGCACCAGGUGUCCCCAGCCCCGGCACACCAGGUGUGCCUGGCACACCAGGUGUGCCCGGCACACCAGGUACCCCUGGCACACCAGGCACCCCCGGCUCCCCGGGUAUCCCUGGCACGCCAGGCUCCCCUGGCACGCCAGGCUCCCCUGGCUCUCCAGGUGCCCCCGGCGCGCCUGGCACCCCCGGCACACCUGGGACACCAGGUGCCCCCGGCACACCAGGUGCCCCCGGCACACCAGGUACCCCUGGCACACCAGGUGCUCCUGGUGCCCCCGGCGCACCGGGUGCCCCACCUCCGCCGCCUCCACCACCACCGCCGCCACCGAAUGUGGCCACAUCUCCGCAGUCAUUCCCUGUCGGCACACGGGUUCACUUUGCUGACAACCUGGGCCAGUUCACACAAGGGUACGCGGAGAAGAAGGGCGCCGUAGUGACGGAGCACGGCAGGCUGGUGCCGGUGAACAAUGGGUGGGAGGCGGUGCUGGUGAAGGAGGGCUCCUACACCUACACCAGCCCCGAGGGCAAGCAGGUGUCGCUGAGCUACGUGGCCGACGAGACGGGCUUCCACCCCGUGGGAGACCACCUGCCCGUGCCGCCCACCCCCGUCACGCCCUCCUUCGUCUAG